GUUGCUUCCUUUUUCUCCUUAUUUUCAGGCACAGCCCUGCUAGAAGAGCAAUUCACUGCAAGCGUGUCUAGAAACCGGGCAGCCACCGCUUUCACUUCCCUUCCUGCCCUCUGCACCCCGUGGUGAUGAAGCAGGCGUGGUGAAGGGCAGCAUGCAGAGCUCUGAGGGGUCCCUUGCUCCGCGUCCCUGAGUGCCACCCAUGGUGCUUGCUCCUGAAGAUGCCCAGGAGAGCAGCUCCCACCACGCAGACUCUUGGGGUGCUGCUGCGGCUGCUGCUGGUGCUGUCCCUGCUGGCGGGCUGCAUCCUCAGUCCCUGCCUGGAGGUCAUCCCCGGCAAAGCCUUCAGGUGCACGGAAUGGAAUGUCUCCGGAGCUCCUGCUGAAAUCCCAAACACCACCCUGGACUUGGACCUCAGUUUCAGCAAUCUGAAAUCACUGAGCUCAAAUUAUUUUGCAGCAGUACCUGAACUGCAGCUUCUGGAUCUUUCAAGGUGCCACAUCCACACAAUAGAAGAUAACUCAUUUGUGGAUCUUCAUAACCUUUCCACCUUAAUUUUAACUGCCAAUUCCCUCCAGCACCUGGGUCUAGCAGCCUUCGAUGGUUUAACGUCGCUGAAAAAACUAGUAUUGGUGGAAACCAGCAUAUCCUCUCUGUCUGGCCUACCCAUCGGACACUUGUAUACCCUGCAGGAGCUGAACCUGGGCCAUAACAACAUUGCUUCGUUGAAGCUUCCUAAGUAUUUUGCCAACCUGACCUCUCUCAGGCACCUGAGCUUUUCCUCCAAUAAUAUUACAUACAUCUCCAAAGGAGACCUUGAUGUCCUGAGGGAAACAAACAGGCUCAACCUCACGUUGGUACUUUCUCUGAACAAUAUAAAGUACAUCCAGUCAGGAUCCUUUGCAAAGAUUCACCUUGCUGAACUUGUUCUGAGAUCCUCUUUUGAGAACCCCGACGUGAUGCACUCUUCUCUUCAGGGCCUGGCAGGUUUACAGGUCAACAGACUAAUAGUUGGGGAAUUCACUAACAUUCAGAAAAUGACAGAAUUUCAGAAUGGACUUUUGAGUGGACUGUGUCAGGUACGGAUGCAGGAGUUUGUCCUAAUGUGUUUCAGAGAAUUUGAGAAUGACACAGACACUCUCUUUGACUGCAUAGGCAAUGUCUCCACUAUUCGGUUGGUGGACCUUAGUCUUGAAAUAUUGUCAGAGGUUCCUAUGUUUUCUCAAGUGAAACGUCUGGAAUGGAAGAAAUGUAAGUUUCAGGAAGUGCCUGCUGAGAAGCUGUCUCUUUUUACGGAGUUGAGAGUGCUUCGUAUUACCAAGAGCAAAGACCUAAAUAGCUUCGAGCAAGACUUUGGGAGUCUAACUUACCUGGAGGUCGUAGAUUUGAGUGAGAAUCGUCUCUCCUUCCGUACCUGCUGUUCCCCGAAGUUUCCAGGGUCUCCAAAUUUGAAACACUUGAACCUAAGCUUCAAUUCUGACAUCAGUUUGACUGGAGAUUUCGCUAACCUGAGAAAUCUGCUAUACUUGGACCUUCAACACACAAAGAUAAUUUAUCAUGGCACCUACCCCUUCUUUCUACUCCUUCAGAAACUCAUUUACCUUGAUAUCUCCUAUACCAAAACUCAUGUUAUAUCCCAUCAUAUCUUCCGUGGCUUGGACUCUUUGCAAGUGCUCAAGAUGGCAGGCAACUCCUUUGAGAACAAUACACUGGCCAACAACUUUGAAAACGUAAGACGCCUCCGCACCUUGGAUAUUUCAAGUUGCAAAUUAGUAUGGGUAGACCAAAAUUGUUUUAACGCUCUCUCUGAACUAAAAGAGCUAAUCAUCAGCAACAACAAGCUAUUGACUUUUGAUCCUGUAACCUACAAGCCACUCCAAGCCCUCACAGCCCUGGAUUUCAGCAGCAACCAGCUGAGUGCCCUGUCGGACUCAGCCCUGGAAAUCCUGCCUGACAGUCUGGUCUGGCUAGACAUUUCUCACAACUUGUUUGAAUGCUCUUGCAUACACCUGAACUUUCUGAAAUGGGUCAAGGAAAAGCAGGAUCUACUGCAGAACAAGCAUUCAAUGAUAUGCCACACACCUGCGUAUGUGAAGAACGUGAGCCUGUCAAACUUUGAUAUGUCCUCUUGCCAUCCCAACCCAACCACAGUGGCAUGCUCAGUGACUGUGUUACUUGCUGCCGGAGUGUUUCUGUUCCUCAUUUAUAAGUACUACUUCCAGCUAUACUACUCGUUGGUGCUGCUCAGUGGGUGCAAACACUCUGCAGAAAGGGGAGACACCUAUGAUGCCUUUGUUAUCCACUCCAGCAAAGAUCAAGAAUGGGUGAUGAAAGAGCUGGUGGAACCCUUGGAAGGAGGAAAACCUCCCUUCCAGCUUUGUCUUUACUACAGAGAUUUUUUACCAGGGGUACCCAUUGUUACUAAUAUAAUCCAAGAAGGUUUUCUGAGUAGCAGAAAUGUCAUUGCAGUCAUCUCAGCUGACUUUCUGGAAAGCAAAUGGUGUAGCUUUGAGUUUGACAUUGCUCAGUCCUGGCAGCUUGUUGAAGGGAAGGCUGGAAUCAUCAUGAUCAUACUAGGGGAAGUGGAUAAGACCUUGCUGAGGCAGAGGCUAGGACUGUCCCGAUAUCUGAGGAGGAACACUUACCUGGAGUGGAAAGACAAGGAAAUAAGUAGGCAUAUCUUCUGGAGGCAGCUGACAGCAGUCCUACUAGAAGGUAAAAAAUGGAAUCAUGAAGAGAUAAAACUCAUGUAAAGAGAAAGAAACAUCAUUUCUUUCCUGUCUCCCAUCCUGGCCUUGGCUGAUGGUUGGUGCUCGGAAGCUGGUUCUUCUGUGGCUAUUUAGAGUUGGAGGAAGUGGAUAGAGGCAAAGUAAAAGCACUACAGAAACACCUACUUUGAUGAUUGCCUUUCCUCCAGGCAGCUUUCAAAAUAAGGAGUGGCAACACAUAGAAAAACUGCAGAUGCCUGAGCUUUGUGAUUGUCUGUAGCCGUCAGCUGCAGCUGGUCCAGCAAUCCACGCAGAUCUGGGGGUCAGCGAAUAGAUAUGAGAAUGGAUGGGCUGUUCUUACUACCAUUUGUCUGUCUCUGAAACUCAGUUUGGGCCCAGGAGCCAUUUGCUCAGGGGGAUUUCAGCCUGCCACUUUGAGUAGACCCCAGGGUUUCCAAGGGAGAGUGAAGGUACAGGACUAUUGGCUCUAAACUCUAAACAUGGUAGGAAAAGAAACAAGAUUUAGGACUUGAAAAUAUUGGGUGAGCCUCCCUAGGAACCAUGACUUGGGGGAAAAACCCUACAGAGGAAAAUGGGCAGCCCUGCACUCCCUGGCAGCUACUUGGUGAAGCUGAACAGUUUCAUCACCAGUGUGUGGGGAGAUUGUCAUUGGUUGGAAAUUUCCCCAAAAUGUUUAUUUCAAUUUAAUUCAGACUAAGACCAAAUAUUGAAACCCUCAGAUACUUUCAUGACCUGAAACUCUUGUUUAUACAGGAGAAAGAGGAGAAAAGUCCGGGUUAGCUAAACUAAAUGUAUCCCAUCACUACCGUGAAUAAAAGGAGGGAAAGUUUAAUGCCAUUGAAUCAUAGUACACAGCAAUUCAUUGAUGUGUUGGAUAUUGAAUACUGCUGGAGUAUUGCUCUCUAUUUACGGAAGGCUUUGGUUGGGAUUAAUCACUGAAUUAGUCUAGUCUUAAACUUGCAAAUCCCUCUAUAAUCAAUGCCGUUCUACAGAGGCAAAACAGAAGCAGUUGAGUGCUGAAUCAGAUCUGACAUUUUCUCAGAAGAAAGGGCCCGAUCCAUCUCACUUUUCUAAGCACCAGAUAGCAACAUCUCCGUGGAAGCUGGCGAUAGACGAGAUUGACUUCAGACAUCAUUUGCAAAAGAGGGAAAGCUAACUUCAGGGCUCGUGCUGGAAAAAGCUGCACCACAGUCCCCUCUCUGUGUGUUCUGUCAGUAUUGUAUUGGGAUAACACUAACAAAAACCUCACAGCCCUCUCUAAGGUCUUUUUGUGACCCAUGAGACAAAGCUUUAAUAAAACCAAGCUGGAUGCUG